AUGACAGCUCACGUCAAUGCUCUCCUGUGUCUGGAGUCAAAAACGAACAACAUUUUCGAAGAGUGCUUCUUAAUCUCUCUCUUUCUUCCUCUCUAUCUUUCUUUCUUUUUUCUCUCCCUCUCCUUUGUAUAUUUUCUUUCUCUAUAUCUAUCUUUUCCUAUCUUUUUCCUCUCUUUCUUUCCUUUCUCAAUAUCGCUUAAUUUAUUUCUUUUUUCUAACUCCUCUUUCUUUUAUUUGUUCUUUCUCUCUUUGUUCUUUCUUUUCUUUCUUUGUCCUCUUUUUCUUUCUUUCUGUCCAUUCUUUCACUCUUUUGUUCUUUCUCUCUCCUUCUAUCUUUUCUUCAAUCUCUUUGUUCCCUUUAUUUUUUCUAUCUUCUUCUCUUAUAUACCUGAAUCUGUAGUUGAUCAUUACUUUGAUUUUCUAAUUUCUACCUUUCUUUCUUUCUUUCUUUCUUUCUUUCUUUCUUUCUUUCUUUCCACUCCUAAUUCUAUCUUUCUUUUCUUCUUUCUUUGUCUCUCUCUCUAUCACUCUUUUCUCUCUCUCUCUCUCUCUCUCUCUCUCUCUCACACACACACACAUUCUUUCUUUCCACCCAAUAACUCUUUCCUGUCAAACUCUUUCUUUCUUUUUCAUUCUCUCAGUUUCACCCCUCUCUUAACAACUAUUAAUUUCUCUCUUAUCUCAUGCUGCCUCAUUUUUUUCUCCUCCUUUCUUUCAGCCCUUUUCUCUUUCUUUCAUGUGUUUUCUUUCUUUCUAUCCACUCCCCCUUAUAUCUUCCUUAGUCUCUCUUUAUCUCUUAUGCUUUCUAAUAUUGCUACUUCUUCUCUUGCAGUUUUUCUAAACUCACGACUCUCAGUUUGUGCUCUCUCUCUCUCUCUCUCUCUCUCUCUCUCUCUCUCUCUCUCUCUGUCAUUCACCUUUCCUCUCUUUCUUCCAUUAUUUUUCUUUAUAUCUCCUCGCUCUAAUACUUCUACUCUAUCACUCUUACAUCUAUUUUCAAUUUUUUGGCUUCUAGGCUACCUCACACUAUCUCCGUUCGUAAUAUUCACUCUCUCUCUCUCUCUCUCUCUCUCUCUCUCUCUCUCUCUCUCUCUCUCUCUCUCUCUCUUUACCCUACCCUGA